AUGUCUUAUUCAGAUAGUUUUUCAACCACUGACUAUAAAGGCCCAGUCCCCACAGGAGAGAAGAUCAGUGCGCUGAUCAGACGAAUGAGGCACUGUGGCUAUUGUAUCACCCAAUGGGACCUUGAACUCAUCGACAGCGAGCAAGUCCAGUGGCAUCUGCAAUACAACCCUACUCCCUUUUGGGACAAGAAAAUCCAAGAUGCACGAGACGCCUACAAAACGCAACCUGACCAGAACGACGACCUCAGUUCUCGCAUUGUCGAGGAAACCAUCCCACGCAUUUUCGAGGACAAUGCCCGCGUUCCAAUUGGACAGCUCCGUAAACUGAACGCUACAGAGAAGAAGGCGGUUAAAUAUUCUUCGCAAGGGUACUCAGGUCCGAUGGACAAUCAACUGGGAAUGCCUUCCAAUGACCAUAGUCCUUUUCGAGUUGACCCACUCACCAGCGCCGAGUUGGACGAUAACAACGACGACGACGAUGAAGAAGACGACGACGACAAUUCAGUCCGCUCACCUGAUCAGAGCUCCGAACAAGAAGACAUACUACGAAUCGUAGCUUCGUCCGACUCUGGCCUAGUCGAAGUUGACUACCAUCUUCAAGUCUGGGAGCUAAAAGAACAACCGUUGAUAAAUGGACCCCCCGAGGUAAUGCGCAAGCCAAAGGUUCCCAUGAGAUGUUUCCAGACCCUCGCCCGCUGUUCUCAUUUGGGAUACUUGUUCCUUGAAAGGAAACGCAGGGGCCGCCCCAGGCAGCAGAUGGACAACUGGCACGCUCACCUCAGCGUAGGCUCCGAUAAUCGUCCUCCCAACAACGUCCCUCCCAAGGCUGUCAUAGUUGGCUACUCAGGUCUUUCGGGACAUCCCGUUUCCGCUCGUAGCCCGUCGGACAGCCUUAUCGAAGGGCCUCUCGUUAUGUCUGACAGCUGUUCGGGGAUUCAGUUCAAAACAGAACCCGGCAACGAACCAUCAGGUGGCAGUGUCAUUUGGCACGAGACAUUAACAGUUCCAGACAACAUCAGUGCUAUCAAGCGCCUUGUUGUGAGCAACGCCCGGCAAUUUGACAGCGAAAAAGACCUACUGGGGACGAUUUUUCACGCACAUAAACGAGUGACUGAAGGUCUAUCAUUCGAUCCGCCAGCACACCACAAACCUGAGACAGAGGGCGACUAG